CCGAAUUUCCCCUGCUUAUUGUUUUUGUUUAAUUUUUGUUUGUUUUUAAAUGUAUUAUUUUAUUUUAACUUAGUUUUUAUGUUAUUUAAUUGUGUUCACAUUAAAAGAGUAGUUUAAUUCACACAAUUUGAAUGUACUCCCCCGAAAAGAAUCUCAAAACUCCUCAAAACUAUGCAUUCCCCUAUGAACCUUAUCCAAUCCAACAGGACCUCAUGGAAUCCCUGUACGAGAUUCUGGAGAAUAAACAAAUUGGCAUAUUCGAGAGCCCCACCGGCACUGGCAAGUCACUAACCCUGACUUGUGGAGCUCUUCGUUGGUUGUUGGAUCAUGAGGCCCUGAUCAAGGACGAAUUGCAGCAGCGUAUUGAUGAAUUGUCCUGCGAGAUCAAGAAACUCGAACUGGACGGCAGCAAAGCAACAGAUUGGAUAGAAUCUCAGUUCGCAACCGGGAAAAAGAAAGAACAAAUGUUAAAUAUGCGAAAAAUGUUCGACACCAUUCGAGACUUCGAAAAGAAAAUAGAAGACUUAAAAGCGAAGAAACUAGAAGAGAAGAAGAAAAGUGUUAAGCAUCCAAGUCCAUUUGAGGAUGUCAUGUUUGAAGUUGAAAAGCCUCCAGACGAUGACCUAGAACUCGACGAAUUCGAUGCUAAGGAGCAGAAAGACGACGAGGAAGACACCGAAAGCCUUCAUCGUGACACUAAGAUCUUCUUCUGUAGUCGAACUCACUCGCAAUUGUCUCAGGUUGUGUCCGAGAUUAGAAAAACUGAUUAUGGAAAACAAGUUCGUUGCGUUUCGCUGGCCUCUCGGCAAAACCUCUGCAUUAAUCCGGAGGUAAAAAAACUCGCCUCUGGCGCUUUGAUCAAUGAACGUUGUCUGGACAUGCAAAAGUCCCAGUCGAAGAAAACAUCGGCCGAUGCUGAUGGCCACUGCACCAAGAAAUCCCGUCUUAAGCUUUCGUCUCACUCUAAGUGUCCUUUCAAGUCCCAAACCAACAUCGAACAGCUCAGAGAUUCCUCUCUGGUAGACAUAUUGGACAUCGAAGACCUCGUCGAGGCAGGAAAAUCACUCAAAUCGUGUCCCUACUACGCCUCUAGGUCAUCAGCUAGAGACGCCCAGAUUAUAAUGCUCCCUUAUCAGCUGCUGCUGCACAAACGCACGCGUCUUCAAACUGGAAUCUCACUCAAAAACAGCAUCAUCAUCAUCGAUGAAGCCCACAAUUUGUUGGACACAAUCUCGAGCAUCUACAGUUCCGAGGUGAGUUUGUUCCAGCUCUCCGCGGCUCUGGCACAGAUGACCGCAUACAAAAUGAAGUAUUGUUCCCGAUUCAGCACCCAGAAUCUUCUCAAAAUCAAUCAAAUGAUAUUCAUCACCAAACGCCUGACUAAAAUGUUCUCUGAAAGUGCGCCCGCUUCCAGAAUGCUCAGGACACACCAACUCAUGGCCGAAGGCGAAUUCUUCAACAUCAAUCUGUUCCAUAUUUUGGACUUUUGCGAACAAACACGAUUCGCCCAAAAGUUGCAGGGAUUUGCCAAACGAAUGAACUCCGAACCAGCGCCUAGUGAAAAUCAAGAGCCACCACGAACUGCAACUGUUGAACUUUUGAAGAAGCUUAAAGAGGAAAAACUAUCAAAAUCGAAAACGAAAACGACCAAGAAAGAAUCUGUUGUGGUUGAGGAGGUUAAGGUCGAAGUUAAGAAUGAAUCUGCGACUGCGCCACCGUUAGUGAUACGUCCCUUGUUGGCUUUCUGGGAAUCGCUGACUGAGUGCUCGGACGAUGGCGGGGUUCUCAUUACACAGCUUUCGGAUCCAAAACAAGCAACUAUGAAAUUUAUUCUCCUUAAUCCUGGUGGACACUUCGAGGAGAUCAUAAGAGAAGCAAGAUCGAUUAUUAUAGCUGGUGGAACAAUGCGGCCAACGGAUGAAUUAACUGAUCAGCUCUUCAAAUCCUGUCCCGAGCGGGUUCAACUCAAGUUCUAUGACCAUGUAGUAUCCGAGGAAGCAGUUGCUCCCUUUGUUGUACAAAAGGGACCAACAGGAAAAAGAUUUCUAUUUAAUUUUGCUGAAAGGAAAAAACCUGAAUUGCUUUCAGAGUUGGGAAUGACUUUGAGAAACGUUUGCAAUGUAAUUCCAGCGGGUAUAGUUUGUUUCUUUCCCUCCUACGAUUAUAUGGAUUUGGUCUAUGAUCACUUGAAGAAGGAACAUUUCAUAGAAGCAAUCUCUCAAAAGAAAUACAUUUUUCGCGAACUUCGCGCAGCUUCGGUUGAAAAGCUCUUAACCGACUAUGCUUUGGCAAUCAAAAAUCCAGAUCGCAAUGGGGCUCUUCUGUUUAGUGUCGUUGGGGGAAAGCUGAGUGAAGGAUUAAAUUUCGCUGAUGAUUUGGGGCGAUGUGUAAUUGUGGUUGGAAUGCCAUAUCCGAAUAAAAAUUCACCAGAACUUCAAGAGAAAAUAAAGUAUCUGGAUGUGACGCUGAAAAACGGAGCUGGUGCUCAGUAUUACGAGAAUCUCUGUAUGAAAAGUGUCAAUCAGUGCAUAGGUCGUUCGGUUCGUCACAUCAACGAUUAUGCUUCAGUUUUGCUGAUUGAUGAACGAUAUGCUAACGAAAAGGUCCGAAAAAAGUUGCCACAGUGGAUAUCGAGGAAUUUAAACAUUCCAACAUCUUUUGGAAUGGUGCAAGGAGCAACUGCUAAGUUUUUUCGUCAAAAGCGAAACACUACGUAAGAGGAAUUGAUGGUGAUUUAGAAACAGUAUUAUUUGUGUAUUAUUUUCGAAAUAUAUAUUUUUUUGUUUGGUUAAGAAUAAACCUAGAAUUAGGAAUCAAAAUGUUAAUAAAAAAACGAAAUUAUUUCUUGGGCGAAUCCUUCGAGUAAAAUGCAAGAAAAAUAAAAACUUAUAUUAUGUCCGUCAUUUAACUUUAAGAACAGAACAAAUUACUUAAA